AUGACCGUUGAUGGAUCACCGUGGGUUCCUAAGCCAUAUGAUUGCAUUUGUAGUGACCAUUUUAUUGGGGGUAAAAAAUCAGAAGAGGAGUUGAGUCCUAGCUACAUUCCAACAAUAUUCCCUUCAAUUUACAAGUCUCCAAAAGUUAAUGAAUCUUCGGUCAUAAACAGAUACAAGCGUUUAAUAAACCGGCAGACAAAAAAAUCAGCUUCAAAAUCAAGUUCUGAACUCACUGAAUUAGAGACGAUGGAAGUGAUAAAUGAAUAUGAUAACCCUCCGAUUGUGUCUUUGAAAGUUGACCAAGAGUGUCAAGUUGAUUUUUAUUCAAACUCUGAUGUCAAUUCUCAAACGUUUAUUUGCAAUCGUUAUGUUACAAAUGAUCUGUGUCAUGCUGAAACUCAGACAGAAAUAGUUGAAGAUACUAGGCCGAUAAAAAUUCAUGCUAGUAAUAAAAAAUUUGUUAACAAAGAAUGUGGCACUGAUCAAAAAACGUUUGCUGAUAAGGACAGUCAAGCGGAUAAUAAAAUCUUUAGAGGAUUCGCAUCGGUAACAAAAGAUCAAGAAAUCAUUGAUCUGGCCGGUGUAUCAUUUCCAAAUUUUGAUUUCUUAUUGAGUAGACUGCCUACACCUAUGCCACGAAAAUACAUUGUAUCAAAAAAAGACCGACUAUUAAUUUUUUUAAUGAAAAUUAAAACUGGAUUAACAUUUUCGGCACUUGGUGUAUUAUUUAGUGUUCACAGAACAACAAUUUCAAUAAUUUUUUAUGAAAUCCUACAACAUCUUGCUAGUGCGACAAGAAAUUUAGUAUUUUGGCCAGAUAUCGACGCAGUUCAAGAAACAAUGCCUGAUUGUUUUUUACCUGAUUAUAAUAACACUAGAGUCAUAAUUGAUUGCACUGAAUUUCGAAUAGAUAUUCCUGCAAGUGUCGACAACCGCGUUCUUACUUACUCACAAUACAAAAAGAAUUUCACGGCCAAAGUUCUUAUUGGUAUAACUCCUGGAGGAUUUAUAUCCUUGAGAUCUGACGUAGCUGGAGGACGGAAAUCAGAUUCCCAGCUUACAAUAGAGUCAGGGUUGUUGGAUUUAUUGGAGGAUGGUGACAUAGUUUUAGCUGAUAAAGGUUUUCCAGAUAUCAAAACAGUGAUUGACGCAAGUGGCAAGAAAGUGCAAAUGGUAAUGCCGCCUUUUCUAGAGAAAAAAAAUGAAUUUUCAAGUGAAGAAACUCAACAGACAUACAGUGUUGCAAGGUAUUGUAACAGACAAUAA